GCCGCCGCGUGUUUCAACGGCGCCACGUGUCACGACCGCGUCGGCUCCUUCUACUGCGAGUGUCCCGAAGGCAAGACUGGACUCCUCUGCCAUCUCGACGACGCGUGCGCUUCCAAUCCGUGUCACGGUGUUCCCUUCCCAACAGCCGGCGCCAUCUGCGACACUUCUCCCAUCGACGGCACAUACAUGUGUUCGUGUCCCACGGGCUUCAAAGGCGUCGACUGCACCCAAGACAUCGACGAGUGCCGCGAGAGUGGCUCCCCCUGCGAGCACGGGGGCACCUGUGUCAACACCCCCGGCUCCUUCCGCUGCGACUGCGCUCUCGGGUUUGCGGGUCCGCGCUGUGAGGUCAACAUAAACGAGUGCGACUCGAGUCCGUGUCUCAACGACGGCACGUGUUUGGACGAGCGCGGCUCCUACCGCUGCGUCUGUAUGCCUGGCUACUCCGGAGUGCACUGCGAGCUCGACGUCGACGAGUGCGCGCCUCAGCCCUGUCUGAACGGCGCGCUCUGCACGGACCUCAUCAACGCCUUCCGCUGUCUCUGUCCGCAGGGAUUCGAAGGCCAGAGAUGUGAACGCAAUCUCGACGACUGCUUCUCCACGCCCUGUCUCAAUGGCGGCCAAUGUCGCGACGAAACGCAAGGAUUCUCGUGUCUCUGUCCCAAAGGCUUCGCCGGCCAACAGUGCGAACUCAACGUCAAUGACUGCGAGUCCUCGCCGUGUCAUAGGGGCACAUGCGUCGACCAGGUCAACGGCUUCCGCUGUCAGUGCGACGCCGGCUUCACGGGCCUCCUCUGCCAAUCGCAGCUCAACGAAUGCCUGUCCACUCCGUGUCAGUUCGGCGGCACAUGUCGCGACCAUGUGAACGGCUACUCGUGUGACUGUCCGUUGGGAACGACGGGAAACAACUGCGAGUACAACGUGAACGAGUGUUGGAGCAAUCCGUGCAGAAAUGGCGGCGUUUGUCGCGAUCUCGUCGGCAAAUACCAGUGCGAGUGUCCCAAUGGCUUCUCGGGCGCCGUCUGCGAACAUGACGUCGACGAGUGCGCGUCCAAUCCCUGCGCCAAUGGCGGCUCUUGCGUGGACCGCGCCAACGGCUUCAAGUGCUUGUGUCCGAAGGGCUUCUUCGGCGCGCGCUGUCUCUCUGACGUCGACGAGUGCUCUUCGAGUCCGUGUCUGAACGGCGGCACGUGUGAGGAUGACGUCAACCAUUUCGUGUGUUUGUGUCCCAAAGGCUUCACUGGCGGUCGUUGUGAGCGCGAGAUCGACGAAUGCGCGUCCAAUCCGUGUCUAAACGACGGCCAAUGCGUCGACCGAAAGGCCGGCUUUCAGUGUCUUUGCGCCAAAGGCUUUUCCGGAACUCUGUGUCAAACGAACGACAAUGACUGCGCGCUCGAGCCGUGUCUCAAUGGCGGCCAAUGCGUGGAUCUCGUCGCGCGCUAUCAGUGCCGCUGUUCGCCCGGCUUUACAGGCAAUCACUGCGAGCGUGACGUCGACGAGUGUGCAUCCAAUCCGUGCGCGAACGGCGGCUCUUGCAUCGACCGCGCGAACGCCUUCCAGUGCUUGUGUCCCAAAGGCUAUUACGGCGCCCGCUGUCUGUCGGAUGUGGACGAGUGCGCGUCCAACCCGUGUCUCAACGGCGCCACGUGUGAGGAUGACGUCAACGCCUUCGUCUGCCACUGCGCGCACGGAUUCGCGGGGCGGCGCUGCGAACGCGAGACCGACGAGUGCGCGUCUCAGCCCUGUUUGAACGGCGGAAAAUGCCUCGACCUCCGCGCCAACUACCAGUGCGUGUGUCCGCAGGGCUUCUCCGGCCGCUUCUGCGAGCAGAACGUGAACGACUGUUCGCGCGUCACAUGUCUGAACGGCGGCACGUGUGUGGACGGCGUGAACGCGUUCCAGUGCGUCUGCGCACAACCCUUCACGGGCUUCUACUGCGAGUCCGAAGUCUCGCCCUUUCGCGACAACCCCUGGAAAGCCUGUAAUUCCGCCGCCUUUUGCUACGAGCGCUUCGGCGACGGCCACUGCGACCCCGACUGCAACUCCAAGGCGUGUCUCUUCGACGGAAUGGACUGUCGCUUCCCGUCGGCUUCCGGCGCCGCCGACCGCAACUGCAACGAAAUGUACGAAAGCUACUGCGCCGCCAAUUACGCGAACGGCCGGUGCGACUCGGGAUGCAAUAACGCCGAGUGCGCGUGGGAUGGCCUCGACUGCGAGCCGGCCGCGCACGAGGUGGACGCGGCGGGCGAACUCAUCAUCCAAUUGGACGCUCCGUUCGCUUUGUUGACGCAAUCGACGGCCGAAUCGCGCGAAACGCUGUCUUCGCUGUUGAGGGCGUUGUCGACUGUCAUCGGAUCGGUUGUCAAACUGCGACAACUCAAGCAAAACGGCACGCAUUCCACACAACUCGUGCUCUCAGUGGACAACAGGCGCUGCGCCGCCGACCAGUGCUUCGACUCCUCGCGACAAAUCGCGUCCUUCUUGUCGGCCGCGAAGAACAAAGACGGUGACAGAUUCGCGUCUUUACUGCACUCUGGAUUCAAGAUCACGGAUAUCGACGCCACGGACGACGACCGGCUCGAGGGUGAUGUCACGCGUGACUCGCCACACGGUCUGACGUAUGUCGCCGUCGCUGUCGUCAUCCUUCUCGUGGGCGGGGCUUUCGUCGGCGUUCUCGUCACAACCAAUCGCAAGAAAGUGGCCAAAGGGAUCACGUGGUUCCCCGAGGGCUUCUUCAACGCCUCCAUGACCGGCCACUCGGCGCGCGACCGCCAUAUGGCGAAUGCCAGUGCGAGCGCCGCUUCGGGAGAGUACGGCCGCGCGCGCCGGCGCACAACAGGCGGCGCCCGAACCGGACGUCCGGACGGACAGGAAAUGCGUCAAUUCAAGAGUCGCGAGGAUCUGAUGGACGACAAGACCGCCAUCUAUGAGGAGCCCAUGGAAUGCCGGAAAUGGACGAACGCCCACUUCGAUGCCUACAACGCCUACGGAACCGAAGCCAUGACUCCGCCCCUCAACACGCCCUCCAUCGACGCCAUUGGUCCGAACGGAAUGACGCCCCUAAUGGUGGCCUCGGCCUUCCCACACCACGUGAUCACAAUCGACAACCCGGACGUCGUCUCGGCGGACAACAACGCGGUUCACGACCUUCUGAUGAACGGCGCGAACGUCGGCAUGACUUGCGACCGAACGCACGAGACGUCGCUCCACUUGGCCGCCCGUUACGCGCGCGCCGACGCCGCCAAACGCCUCCUCGACUCGGGCGCCGACUGCAACGCGACCGACGCGACGGGCAGAACGCCGCUCCACACGGCCAUCGCGUCGGACGCGCGCGGCGUCUUCGAGAUCCUUCUGCGUAACCGCCAGACGAACCUCAACGCGCGUGCGUCUGACGGCACGACUCCUUUGAUUCUGGCGGCGCGUCUCGCGAACGAAGGAAUGUUAGAGCAGUUAGUGAUGAGUGAAUGCGAUCUCAACGCCGCCGACGACUGCGGAAAGACUGCUCUCCAUUGGGCGGCGUCUGUCAACAACUACGACGCCGUUCGCGUCCUAUUGGUCAACGGCGCCAAUCGCGACGCCCAAAACAAUCGGGAGGAAACGCCCCUUUUUCUGGCCGCCAGAGAGGGCGCCUUCCAGUGCGCGAGACUUCUGCUCGAAAGCAACGCCAACCGCGACAUCACUGACCACAUGGACCGCCUCCCGCGUGAUGUAGCGCUCGAGCGCAUGCACACCGACAUCGUGGGCCUCCUCGACGAGUUCGUGCCACCCAUGCCCACCCCCGCCUCCCACAACGCCCCCAUUUCGCCCAAACAACACUCUCUGCGCCGCAAACCGAGUCAGGCGCGCGCCGUCCCGCCUCUGCCGCCGCCGCGCAACCAAAUGACGUCACAACAGAUCUACGAGUUAUCGCCGCCGCUCGUGAGUCCGCCCUCUCGGCCGCCGCCAACUUACGAGGACAGCCUCACCUUCAAACAGCGCCAACUGCUGCAACAGCCGCCUCUCAUGACGCAAUGGCCGCAAACGGGGGUCCAGGUGAACCCCCGCCCCCCCGAGUCCUAUCUCACGCCUUCCCCCGACUCCCCCAACACGUGGAUCUCGUCGCCCUCCACGUCGUCGCCCAUCUCAGCGCACGACUGGCUGUCGCUGCAGACGACGGACGCGACGACGACUGUCGUCCAGCAGUCGUCAGUGCAGUCGCCGUCGGGCGCGCGCUUCGCCCCGUCGUCGACACAACAGGCGGUCUUCAUAUGAGUUUCUGUACAUAUUUCUGCUGUAAAUACAACUGUAAUCGCAUUUAAUCCUAAUUUAAUCGCAUUUUAAUCCAAUAAAGACUUGUGUGACACACAUAUGUGUGCGCACGCGCUCUCAGAGUUGAAUGACUUUUGAUUUUGUUUUGAAAA